GCUUAAAUUGAACUUUUACGCAAGAAAGCAGCAGCCAGGAGAAACACUGCGUGACUUCGCACUCAGUCUACAGAAGGCUCUUCAAGCACUACAGGCCAUUGAUCCAACAAAAGUCCGACCAACCGAUGAAAUAUUGAUUAAUCAGUUCAUAGAGGGGUCCCACAGUGAGAUUGUGAAGGUGCAUUUACGCCUACUUCAGUUACAGUUACCAAACAGCUCAUUUUUGUGCUUCAAAGAAACUGCCAUUAAGGUGGUAGGGAGAUUACAGAGACAAGAAAUUCCCUAUCCAGAGAUCACAAAGCAGGAAAUCAUAGAUAUGCACAUACCAGAAGACGUUGCUGUACAGGGGGCUCAGGUCCUAAGUACCGAUAUAUUAAGUGCUAUAGAAGUACAAGUCGCUGAACUGACCCAUGGGAUAACUGAAAUGUGCCAGCAAUUGCGGUAUUUCAUGCAACAACAAGCUAAGUGCAGAGGAGGGACAGACUGGAGCAUCGAUGAAGUACAAUACAGAGAUGUGGACCUUCGUCCUGUUGUCCAGAAUCAAAUUGACAUUGUUGCCACACCAGCUACAGACCCAGAGCCUGAAGUCAGUGCAAGAAAAGUUAUGGGAAAAGUAAUUUGGUUUAGUUUGCGAUAUGGCUAUGGCUUCAUAAAUCGGGAUGACACCAAGAAAGAUGUGUUUGUACAUUACACUGCCAUUAAGAAGAACAAACCCAGAAACUACCUCCGCAGCCUGCGAAAUGGAGAGAUUGUUGAAUUCGAUGUGAUAAAGGGGGAAAAAGGUGUGGAAGCUGCCAAUGUGACAGGUCCUGGCGGUGUUCCAGUUCAAGGCAGCAGAUAUGCAGCAGAUCACAAGCGUUAUUGGCUCUAUACACAUCGCAGAGGUUUUCCACGUAAACAUCAGCAAAAUUACCAAUGCCGCAAAGAUGAAGAGGAGUCUGAAGAGAUGGAAAGUGUGACAGAAAGUACAAGUCAACAACAGUCUAAUCAGAUGAGUAGCUACCCACCAUACCAUUUAAAGAGACCAUAUGAAUGCAGACAACUAUAUCCUGAUAGUCAAGUGAAAAGUGAACUAUUAGGAAGAACAGACAACCAAAAUGUGGCAGUAUUGAAUGGAUGUAUGCAACAUGAUCUAGAAGACCCGGCUCAGUGUGGACCUAGAAUGGAUAACUUCGAUUCCAGUACGGCCUAUUCCAAUCAAACAAGUUUAAGUGCUGCUGAACGGGAAAGAGAUGCUGAAGAAGUGAUUCAUGCGGCCAAGGCAGAAGGAUUGGGACCCCCUAAACACAGUUGCCCAGAUUCAAGUAUAUCAAAGUCUGAAUCUAGUGUAGUUAAAUCCCCUAGUGUAGUUAAAGAGGCCGUGACAUAUCUUUUUCCAGAGUGGCAUCGCUCAGACUACAAAUAUACCACGAUAAGCUCUAGAGAGGUAGCAUCAAUAUUGCAACAGGCAUCGAGCAAGUCAGGAAAGAGGAACAAAGGUGAUACAUUUUCUAAUUAA